CAGUUAUCUUCCUAAUUUCCAGCUGUUCUUCUUCAAUCACUCCAUUAUACUCCCAAAUUUUCAGCCAUUUUUAAUUAAUAUAUUCACACACAAAUCCCCAUAAGCUCAUUUUUUACAUGCAACUUUAUUGAAAUUUGAUCCUCUUAUUUUUUCCAGUUUUAUUGGAGAUUAUAUCAAUUUUGUUGCGUGUAGACAUUAAUUACAAGGAGUUGAAGAUCAUCUUCAAUACAGUGCCUGGUUAACGACCAGACUAGCUACAGAGUUGUUGAAACAGAUGGAACAGAAGCAUCAUACACCAAGUGUUAUAGCAAGGCUGAUGGGCAUUGACGAGCUUCCACCUCAGCAGCCUCUCCCUUCUAAGAAAAGGAGAGUACUCUCUGAGAACUAUCUCCGGAAAACGGCUACCAUAGGUUUGCGAGAAAAGAGCUCAUUCUCUGUUGGCCUCUCCUGCGGAAUAAAUACUCAGAAGCAUCAAGUAGUUAAACAUGUAUUCGGAGUUGAGAUGCCAGAUAUUUAUAGCCGUGUAAAAGCAAGCCAAAAUGCAGCCAAGUUGAAGAGGCAGAAAUAUAGUGAUUCAAGUUUUACAUCAAUGAAGGAGAAGCAUUCUUACUUUAAGCACUCCAAAGGUAGCUCAGAAUGUUUACUAUCUGAAAAUACUUCGAGAUCUCUUCAGAGACUUGGGAUUGGUACACCAAAAGAUGAUGUUGGAGAAUGUGCUAUUCAUCACUUGAAGAAAAUAAACUUUCAGUUUGAUCCAAACGCAACCAUGCCUCAUCCGUCUCGAAGAAUUAUUGCGCUCAAACCUAGUUCUAGAAAGUCUUCUAACACCAAAAGACAGUCAUUUUCUCUUAGGCCUGGUGUGGAAUCCGAUCCUGUUGAUUUGAAGUACAACCAAUUCAGAAAACAUGAAAAUGGGGAAGUAGAUAAUGAUAAACCAGGAAGAGAAAAUGGUGUUUAUAGCUUGGAACCUCUAAAACAUGGGGUUAGAGUUCCACGGAAAAUAGUACAGACAAGGAACCUUGUACAACACGAACUUAAUCACAGUUUAAAACUCACAUCAAGAGCAGAAAACAUCAACGACACUUUUCUGAAGGCCGAGGAUCUGAAAUCACCUUCUUCAAAUUUAUUUAGUACGAGAAGAGAAGAUGAUACUCUGUAUUCCUUUACAAAAAGGUCAUCUUUUGCCAAAGAAGAGAAGAAGCAAAUCAUUGGAAGAUGGAAACUGAAGAAUGAUUUUCAGGAAGUUGAAAUAGCUCAUAGAAACAGGAGUCAUGGAGAAAUGCUUGCUAUGGAUUACCUAGAAACAAAUCCUCAAUUUUUGAACUCUGAACGGGACAAGCAUAGUUUUGACAGUUCAUUCAGUGUGCACACUGGAACCUCGGGCCUGUGCAAUCCUUUGGAUAUCAGCAGCAAGUAUAUGAACAGAAAGCAGAAAGAUAGUGCGGAAUAUAGAGACUUAAACUUGAAGGAAACCGAUCAGGGUAGUCCAAAUUCAGUUCUGGAGCCACCUUUCCAGGAAGAGAAGCUCUGCACUUCUGAAUUCCAUGGCUUAUGUAGUGUAGCAGUGCAACUUCAGUUUCUUGAGACCAACUCCGAGGAAACAUAUUCAGAAGGAUCUGAAAUGGGCGUCUCAAAUGAUGAACACUCCGAGAGAGGGUCUCUUGAUCUCCUUCAAGAUAGUGAAAAUGUAUUAACGGACUUCAAAUUUGCAGAAAGCAGGGACUUCUCCUACCUGGUUGAUGUUUUAGAUGAGGCCAGUUUGCAUGGCAUGAACCUAGGAAUGUGCUUUGAGACGUGGCAUUCUUUGGAUUGCCCUGUGAAUCCCUCACUGUUUGACUUAUUAGAGAAGAAGUACGGGAAGCAAACAUCUUGGCUAAAAUCGGAGAGGAAGCUUUUGUUUGACCGCAUAAAUUCAGGGCUGAGUGAGAUUUUGCAUUCGUUUCUGGAUAUCUACAUAAGGGGAAAAUCUUUGAAGAGAAGGUGUUGUUCUGCAUUGAGGAGAAUUGAUGUUGAAGAAGAGUUGUGGAGGAUGCUGGUUAGUCAGGAAAAUGAAGUGCACAAGGACUUGUCCGGAAAGGCAAUUGGAAACGAAACCAAAUGGUUGCAGGUUGAGGAGGAACUUAGUAGCAUUUGUAGAGAAAUAGAGAAAUAUUUGUUUGAUGAGUUAGCUGCAGAAUUAGCUUCGCAUUGAAAGCAUAUAAAAUGGGAUUUUUGGCCGCUGAAGUUUCCUACUAUUUCCCUCCUCAAGUUACUGGGAAUAGAUUUAGUUUUUUCCAACAGCAGUUUUGAUCUGAAAGUAUAGGAUGUUGUGUAGAGAAUCUGAAAGAUGUGGCACUAUUUAUUCUUAUAUUCAUCAAACACUUUGUGCAAUUCUUGUUUUUCUGUAGAAAUCCCAUGCUGAUGCAUGAAGAUGCAUGUAGAGAGAUUUGGUGUAAACAACAAAAUAUGAAUUCCAUUGGUAUAUUUCUGAAGGCAGAGAGCCAGAAAAUUUAAAAGAAAUUAUCACUGA